UCUCGUUCCACGCUGCACUAUAAUUUCCCUCCCUCCCGAUUCUUUUAACCCACAACCCCCGCGCAAGCCCUCUUUGAUCCGGCGACCCAGAUCUCCGAAAGGACCCCCGAUUCCGGUCGCCUCUCCGGCUGCCGUCUUCCGCCGCUACUGGAUCCGCUCUUCCUCCCGGAAUCCCAACAGGUACAAGGGCUUUUUUCCGUCAGGAUUAUUCCUCGAUAACGACGACCUCUUUUGGGCUCGAGAUCGGGGAAUUCGAGCGGGUUCCUUUACGCCCUUCGGAGCUUUAUAUAGUAGGCGGGCGAUGUCCGGCAGUCGAACUUCUGGGGACCGCCUGGCGCAGCCGUGCGGGCAGAUCCCGCAACCGCUGAAGCAUCAGCACCUACUGUUGUCCUCGCCGAGGCCGUCCUCGCGGGCGGAUAACCACUGCUUUACUGUCGCUGAUGGACAGGCAUCAGGCGCCGAGGUGGCUGAUUCCUUGAUCGUUAACUCGCCUUUAAAGCGAAAGCCUGAACAAGGAGAUAACGAGGCUUCUAAGUUGAGUGAGUGGAAGACUACUUCUGGCUCUCCUGAAGUAGUGAUCAAUCCUCUUGUUAAAAUGACCAAGAAAACAUAUAGCAGAUCCAAGGUAUCCAAGAGCAGUAAGUCAGAUAUCAAAGACUCUCUGCCAAAUGCAGCAGGUUCACCUUCAUGCAAUGCUCUCUCUCUUGUUGGUACUUGCCGUUAUGAUAGCUCUUUAGGACUCUUGACCAAACGAUUUAUCAAUCUACUUAAACAUGCACAAGAUGGCACUCUUGACUUGAAUAAAGCUGCAGAAACACUUGAGGUGCAAAAGAGGCGGAUUUAUGACAUUACUAAUGUGCUUGAAGGGAUAGGAUUGAUAGAAAAGAAUCUCAAAAACAAGAUUCAUUGGACGGGCUUAGAUGAUGCAAUGCCAGGAGAGGUUGAAAAUGAUAUGCCAAUGCUGCAGACAGAAGUUGAAAACCUAGUCUCGCAAGAACGUCAGUUGGAUGAGUGCAUCAGCAAAAUGCAAGAAAGCAUGAGUGUGUUCACUGAAGAAGAAAGUAAUCAAAAGCUGCUUUACCUGACCGAAGAUGACAUCAAAAGACUACCCUGCUUUCAGAAUCAGACACUUAUAGCUAUAAAAGCACCUCAUGGUACCACCCUGGAGGUUCCAGAUCCUGAUGAGGCUUUUGAAUAUCCACAUCAGAGAUACCGAAUUGUCGUACGAAGCACAAUGGGUCCUAUUGAUAUUUACCUUGUAAGUAAAUUUGAAAAGAAUUUUGAGGAGAUGAAUGGUGUUGAGACCCCUUCAAGAACCGAUCAUGUGACAAAUUCACAAUCGCUUGAGACCUCCAUCUUGGCAGUUGCAACAGAUGAGAGCAGAGAUAAGAAAUUGGAAUUUAAAAAUCAAGAUAGUCAGGGAUGCCUUGAUGCAAGUUCUGCAGAGGAUAAUGGCUCUGGUAUGACAAAGAUUGUAGCUUCUGAAAUUGAUACUGAUGCUGACUACUGGCUUCAAUCAGAUUUUGGAGCUAGUAUUACAGAUUUAUGGAACACACCACACGAAUCAUAUUGGAACGGGUUUAGUACAGAUGACUUCAUUACAGGCAGUACUACCCCACCGGAGCAUCAAACUCCAUGUGUAGCUAUUGACCCUCCGACACAUUCUCCACUCAGAUAAAUAUGUAGAGACAGGUAAAAAGGGAUAUAAGACGUCAUUUUGUGGGGAUGAAAGAAGAUUACGCCCAUCAGAAUUCAGGCUAUGAAGCAAUUGAUGAAUCAAAUAACAAACUGAUGAGCUCGUUGCAAUGGCAGCACUCUCAGCUGCCAUAAAUGACCUUCACAGCCCGUAUGUGGGUUAACUUUUACAUCUAACCGCAUCAUUCCUUAAUGGAAUAUCCAAUCUCUAUCAUUUCUAUUUUCAUCCGACUAGUCUGACCUGUAUCUAGUUAGAUGCAUGCAUGUUAAUAGUUUGUGUUCUGUCCAAUCGAUUACAGAGAAGGCAAAUUGGUGAGCAGUUUUCCAGAAAUCCCUGUCCAAUCAUUUGAAAGCUGGCUGGGCGUCUGAUGUGCAUUCGUCAGAAAUCCCUAUGAGCUUGCUUUUGACAAUCUUCAGUCCCAAUUGAGUUUUAGAAAUUGUCAAAAGCUAUAUUAUCUUCUUUAGUUGUACCAAUGUAUCAUAAGCUAGUAUUUUAUUCUUGUACUGAAGCUGUCACACGGGACUGAUAAAUCUUUGUUUAAGAUAAGAAGCUUUAAAUUGGAAUAAUCUUCUAUCGAAUGAUCCA